ACGCAAUUGACCCCCUUUUCCCGCGCCCGACUACGCCCUUGGUACAUACGCUGUUCGUUGAGUUUGCGAAGCCGACUACGAAUGAACGAAACAAAAACGAUGAAGAAUAGAACGCGAUGAAACCGAGACGAAAAACGUACAUAUGUAUGCGUCGGUUUGUGUGCGGCGAGGGACGGGAGAGAACAACGCGCCUGUUGCAAAAUUCAGUGCUGCACUCUUAUUCGUGACGAAAGGAUGUACGCUCGGUUGUAGUCGAAUGAAUCCGUGUACAUCAUCGCCCCCGCAGAUGCCACGUGGCUCUGGAUCUGUGGACAACUCCGCCCUGGAAUCGCACGGCCUGCAGCUGCUCGAGAUGGCUGGAAAGGAGGACUAUGAGGAGCUGCGCGAACUUCUUCAGUCCUGGGAUGUGGCAGAUCUGCUGCCCCACCUUCAAGAUGAGGCCAUCAACGUAGACGAGCUGCAGAUGAUUAAACGUCAUCACCUGUCCGAGCUGCUGCGGAACUUUCGCUUCGGGACCCGCAUUCGCUUUGAGCACCACUUGGAGCGGUGGCGCCGAUGGCUGAACGUGCCGCUGCAGGGCGUGCAGGGUCAGGGGUCGAGCCACUGCACCGGUUGCCGCUGCCAGGAGGUUCACACCCAGCCCCAGACACAGUCCCAUUUCCCUGGGCAGAACCCAGCGGAUGUGGACCAUCCAUCCGAGCAGGAAGAUAUACCGAAACCCGAGGAUCCUGCCAAGACAAUACCGGCGGAAUCGCUGGUGGCCCUCGGUCAGCCCAGGACAAUGCCCGUUCCCUUCCCAAUGCCCGUUGCUCAGCCUCCUGCGCAGGCUGUCAACGACAUGAUAGUCGUUAAGAACGAGCAUGCGAUGGCGAUGCAGCAGCCUAGGGUAAUGGAUAGUGGAUCGGGCCCUGGCUCUUCGGGAGGAACACCAGCCUGCAAGGACGAACCAAUUGCAGCUGCUGACCAUGAAGUCAGCAUUCUGGGCAUCCUGCGAGCCUCGGGCCCUAAGGCCCAGCACCUGAUGGAACGCAUUGGACACAACGAGCCCCUCGAUGCUGUGCAGCGACUAUUGCUCAUCCAGCUGGUGUGCAGCUUCUACGAGGAAAACCAGUUGCACCUGACCCUGCAGCGGAGUCACCUAUUGGAAAACGAGAUCCUGGAGCUGUUCCCGCAGGAGCAGCUACAUUUUUACCGCACCGAGAGGCGGGGUAAAAUCUACGUGAGAUUUACCAACAUGAAGAGGAGCAAGAGGCUCAGUUCCUCGCGCCAGGAGCUCAAACGCCGCCGUUCCGAACUCGCAAGACCGACGCCGGCGGGUGAAGCACCUGGACAUGUUGUCAAUGCGUCCUACGCCGGUGAACCAAUCUCAAGUCCCGACCGCUCCGAUUGAGCCUGUUUUGACAAGCCCUUAGGCAGCUAAUCCAAAUACCUUAAUGUACGGCUAAUCCUAGGCUAAGCUAUCUCAUUGAUGUGUAAAUUCUGUAUGUAAUCUCUGUGAACCGACGAUGUAUAGGGUAUUUUGCGGGUCGAUGCGAUCCGCCGACUGACGGAACUAAAUCGAAACUGAUUUUGGUUA